GUUCGUGUGAUAUCGCGUACACAGACCACCGCCGCCAGUGUGGGUGCUCGUAUAUACAGUGGCCGCGCGCGCUUUAUACCCGCCGUCAUAUCAUACACGGCACGCGACAGAUCGUAUAGGUAUAUUACCUAUAUAUUAUAUACGCAACCGCGAUCGCAUAUUAUAUUACAUAAUUAAUUAUAAUAUUUAAUAUAUUGUCGAUUGUCGUCCGCGAGUGUAACUAUUACAGUAUACGCAAUAUACUCAUAUAUCGCGGCUCAUCACGAGAUACGCCUGCGACGAGUGCGCCGUACAUUCCGCGGUCGUUGUCCGCAUACGCUACGAUAGUAUUCGUUCGCAUAGUACGACCGACGUUGCAGGCCCGCCGCGCGAUAUCCGGACUUCUGCAGCGCCGGCUGCAGGUGACGAGUGCGUCGCGGUUUCGACGGGACGGGAACCGCCGGAAAAUACACUUCCGAACGGCGUGUCCGGUGCGAAAAACGGUGGUCCGGUGCCCGUCAUCACAACAACAACACUAUUAUACAGUCGUAUCACCUAUACGCAUACAAUAUACUAUAUAAUUGUUGUUCUCGUCGUCGUUAUCGCGCGCGCAGGCAACCGCGACCGUUUAAACCGAUCUACGGUGUUCGUCGACGAUGUUUUUUAAUUUCCAAUCACACGAUGUGAUGCGAUGAUGUCGGAUUUGCGAUUCUUUGCUCGUGGCGUUGUUUUUAAAGCCAUUUGUUGACGGUCGCUAAGAUCGCGUGACGACCGCUACCCGUUAAGCGGAAAAUCAUAUUUUCUAGGACGAUUUUUCACAGUUAUACUCAAUGAUGUACGAAAGUACAUGUUCGUACCAAAGUGCUUUAGACCUGAAAAGGGUGGCGAUGUCAUCACCGCCUAGUAUAAAAACAGAAAAUGACUGUCUUCCGACUACUACUCCGCAAUGGCCAUCGGUAGGAGUGGCUAGUUGUGCCUAUAGGUUCGCGUGUAAUUCCACGUUUGAGCAACUCAAACAGUCAGUAGAAAAGGCAAAAGCCGCCUUACAGGAUCGUGGAAGUUAUUUAUCAUCGUGUGACCUAGGCACGUCUCCUUUUUGUCCAGCAACACCGUCAUCCAGGACGCCAGUGUCCAGUCAUCCAACUACCAAUUCACUCGAUCUAUUUCAGGAUGAACAAAAUAAUACUGACAAACGAAACAAUUACAUUGAUUCAUCAAAUAGCAGAUACGAUAAGAGUUCUGGAUUGAUGCAUUUACCAUCGUCGACUUCAAACGGUUUAUCUUCUGUAGGAAAAUCAUCGUCGUAUUUGCCAUCUUCCAUAUCAGAUUCAUUUAGAUCGUCAUCUAAAUCAGAUACUCAUUAUAAAGGAUCAUGGAGUACACAUUCAUCGGGGCAAACACAAGAUCCAUAUCAAAUGUUUGGAGCCACCAGCAGUCGAUUAGCUAGCUCUGGUUCUGGUCAAAUACAACUGUGGCAAUUUUUGUUGGAAUUGUUGUCUGAUAGCAGUAAUGCAGCAUGUAUCACAUGGGAAGGUACGAACGGUGAAUUUAAGUUAACCGACCCUGACGAAGUAGCACGUAGAUGGGGUGAAAGGAAAUCCAAGCCAAACAUGAACUACGACAAAUUAAGCAGAGCAUUAAGGUAUUAUUACGACAAAAAUAUAAUGACGAAAGUUCAUGGAAAAAGGUAUGCGUACAAGUUUGACUUUCAAGGGUUGGCAGCAGCUACUCAACCAGCUGCUGCAGAUCCGUCUGCGUACAAAUAUCAAUCAGAUUUGUUCAUGACAACCUAUCACCACCAUCACCACCAUUCUCCGAAAUUAAACUUCAUGUCACCUCAUGCGCCUGGAAUAACAUCUACAGCAGGUAGCAUAUUUCCAUCGGCGUCGUCGUACUGGACCAACCCGGGUGCCAACCUCUACUCAAACAUCGCCGCCGCGUCCGCGUCGCAUUCGAUGGGCCACCAUCACCACCACCCCGGUGCAAGCACCGGCGUCAGCCACCACACAGGAGUCUCACCGCACCUGGCCAACUACUCGCAUUACGCGUCACCAUGACCGUCGGACGUGCACUGGGCCGCCAGGUCGCUGCCCGGCACCACCGCGGCCCGGCCGCCGCCACAUCCGUACAAGCCCAUCGAAUGAACAACCCCUAUAUAGCCACCGUUCACGUGUUUAUUUUUCACAACGUUGUUUUUCAUUCGUUAUGAUGAGCGCGGGGUGUAAAUGUAAGGCCACUUUCGAACCGUUAUGCUGUAUCGUAUUACACGUAGGUAUUACGAUUAUAAUAUAGUAAUGAUAAUAAUCAUAAUCAUAAUAAUACGAUAUAAUUAUAAAACUGACUCUCGGUUUGCAUCUACCCGGGGUGGAGAAGAGGACCUACGAAAACGCGUGUUGAUUUCAUUGUACGCAAACAGAUUUUAAUUGUAAAAUACCCUUCGUCUGUGCAACCGCUAAGUGUUGAUUAGUCUUAGUGUACCUAUUAAAAAAAAAUUCUUAGAAAAAAAACUGACGCAAACCACCGUCACACACACACACACACACACACACAGGUUAUGAGCUCGUGACAAUCAACUCGUAUCAACACUGUACACCGCACAAAAAUAUUAACUAAAAAUUAUCAUGUUGAAUAUACCCAUCACCGAUCAUCACCUUAACUAUAAUUUUGUUUGUAUGUAAAACUACGUACGCACCCGUACAUACAUAAUAUAAUAUGUAGGCUACUGCUACUUUGAGUUUUAUCGGUCAGUUUUUGGCAUUUUAAAUUAAUGAAUUUAUUUCAGAUGGUUCCGUGAACUGAACUCUCUACUUUGAUUUUUUUAAGGAAAAAAACCAAAAAGUCUUAACUGUUUACUAUUUAUUAUCGAUGUAACUUUUAAAUUGUUUAGCCUUUUUUAUUGGCGACUCAUAUUCGUAACUAUAAAUUCGACUAAUCUAUGCUGACCUAACCUAAUCAAAAAUUGACUGAGAAAAUGAGUGCAGUGCAUUAAUAAUUUUAUACUGUAUGUGACGUGUUAUACAACCCGUGAUAAUUCUAUACAAGUACAAACUUAUACAUCCUUAUUUCAGCCUAGCGCAAUAUUAAUUAUAAUAUUAUGUACAUAACUCUCCAAUAUAAGAAACCGACCACUAAUGUACGUAAUUUUAUUGAAAAAUAAAAUAUAAAUACUAUACUAAAAUAAUAAUCAUAAAUUAAAUAUUUAAAGACGACUAGUACAAACAGAGUUUUAACAAAAAUAUUAUUAUUUUAUUUUAUAAUAAAAAAAUUAAAUUUAAAUGCUUGUAACUAUAAUAAACUGAACCACUCAGGUAUUAUUUGAUAUCAAAUAUAUCGAUAUGUAUAUAAUAUAAUGAUAUAAAAUAUGUAUUAAAGAUAUGUACUGUAUAUCAAUGAAAAACCAAAAUUAUUAUUCCAUUAGCAUUUACAAGUACAAAAUGUUAAAAUACUAUUGUAUACUUAUGUUACUAAUUGUUAUUACCUAUUUAACAAAACAUUUAAUUGGAAAAUCAAUAUUAUUUGACAAUUUAUAACAAUUAUUCUAGUCAUUUUGUGAUUACAACUGGCAAUUCAGAUCUCGUUUCUUCAUAAACAAACCCCUAAUUUUUAUAAUUUAAAAUAUUAACAACAAUGUUUAUUACUAUUAAAAAUAAUAUAUUUAUAACCCAUAAUGAUUGUACAAGUAUAGUACAACAUUUGUUUUGUUAGAUACUUAUGUAUGAGUUAUGACAAUCUAUCAUAGCUAGAUUAUUUAUAAAAUAAAGUUUUAAAUUUAAAUGUAUUAUAAAAUAAUUUAUAUUAAGGAACUAAAAAUACUUAGCUUUGUGCUAAAGUAAAAGUAAAGUGCAAUAUACAUUAUUAUACAUUUUUGUUUAUAGAUUUAAGAAUAUUUAGUUAGAAGUUUAAUUUGUAUGGAUGUAAUAUUAAUCUCUGUACAGGCCUAAUACUAAUAGAAGGCAUCAAAACUAGUCUUAACGCUAUUAUAUUAUACAUAUGAUCAUUACAUUAAUUAUAAUAGUGUCAUUAAUAAUACAAUGAUGACGUUACACAUUGUAAAUACAAUUCCAUAUUGGAGAAGAAAAUAAAACCAUUAUUAUACUGUGUUUUUAA